GUUCUAUAACCCUCGACGGAACUCGUUUUCUCACUCUUUCUGGUUUUCCCAUCUUCACUUCUAAAAAAAACCCUCGAACGAGAGAGAACUCCUCAACUCACACUCACCGAGUCAACUCGGUUGAAGAGAGCAAAAACAACCCAAAAAUGGCAAUACUUUCUGAUUACGAAGAAGACCAAAACGACAAAAAAUCAUCACCGUCGCCAUCCUGUACUUCUCCCAAGACGCCGAUGUUUACGGCAGCAUUUAAUCCACAAAACCCCAUAAGGAUUGUGGAGACGGUUCUUGAUUUCUUGGGGAAAGAGAGUAAUUUUCUUGAGAAGGACACGGCGGAGAAGGAGAUCUUUGCUGUGGUGAAGAGGGCAGUGGAGGAGAAGAAGAGGAAGAAGGCGGAGGAAGAAGCGAAGGUGAAGGAGGAGAACAAGAGGUUGAAGAAGGAGGAGGUGAAGGAAAAUGAGGAGAAGGUGCAGGAGGGAGAGAAUAAAGAGCAGAGUGCAAAGAGAGUUCCAAAUAAGGGAAAUGGUCUUGAUCUGGAGAAAUAUUCCUGGACACAGACCUUGCAAGAGGUUAAUAUACAAGUUCCAGUCCCUUCUGGAACAAAAUCAAGAUUUGUUGUAUGUGACAUAAAGAAAAACCAUCUAAAAGUUGGACUCAAGGGUCUGCCCCCAAUAAUUGAGGGAGAGCCUUAUAAGCCUGUCAAGGUUGAUGAUUGUUACUGGAGCAUAGAGGACCAGAAUACAAUCUCAAUCCUUUUGACAAAGCAUGACCAAAUGGAUUGGUGGAAAUCUUUGGUGAAAGGAGAUCCAGAAAUUGAUACUCAGAAAGUUGAACCUGAAAACAGCAAGCUAUCUGAUCUGGAUGCUGAAACGCGGCAAACUGUUGAAAAGAUGAUGUUUGAUCAGAGACAGAAGAAGAUGGGCCUUCCAACCAGUGAUGAGAUGCAGAAACAGGAGAUUCUGAAGAAGUUCAUGGCUGAGCAUCCGGAGAUGGAUUUCUCAAAGGCGAAGAUAGCAUAAAAUGGGAGUUUUUGUGUCUCCUGUUUUGAAAUUGGGCCGAGGUGUCUACUUUGAUCUAGUGUAUUUCUUCUUGGUGGGCUUGAAUGGUUGAACCAUGUUAAUAACUUUAACAGUUCUCUUUUGGUGGGUGGCUGAUCGAUACAUCUUCAUAGCAAGUUUGCAAGUGUUUUUUUGUCGAGGCUUAAAAAAUCUAGACUGGCAAGCUUUUCAGAGCUAGAUAUAGUAAAAUUCUCCUUUUUCAUGCCC